GAGACAUCUAUUCUAGCCAAAACAAAAAAUUUGUAGUACGACAGCAAAAACACAAGAAACUUUUGUACAUAGCAAACGAAACCACAAACCAAAUAUUAAAGUAGUCACACAUGUAAUCUUGUCCCACACAUAUAUUCUGGUGCCAAACCUACUGCAAAGCUAUAGUGUAAAAAAUGUUCAAUAUACUAGAAGUAGAAACAGAAACAACGAUGAAAAACAUAUAUCUAUAAUCUGUCAUCCAAUUCUUCUUUCUUCUUUCACCUGGAUUUCACCGUCUCAAUUGUGGCAUCAAAUUAUGUCCAAAUUAUGUGCAGAAAAAUCUCGAUCAGCUGCUUGCCAACAGAAAACCUGCAGAUCAUUGGAACAAACAAAGGGAAAAGUCAGAGAAACUCUGUACUAAAAAAAGUCAUGUUCUUGCCAACCAUUUACUGCAAACUGUGCAACUAACAUAACAAGGCUGUGCAAACAAAAAAAUGCAUACCUGUUAUAAAUAACAGAUUCUGCUAUAGAGAUGUUGCUUUUUAAACUAAGAUUGUCAUAAAAUGGUGUGCAACUACCUAUUUACUAAGUUUUUAGGUUGUUUCAAACACUCUUUGAUGAUUAAAACUCGACAUCACUUCCUUGUUUUGUAUAUGCAGUGCAUGUGUGGCAGCAGCCUGAAAAAGGAAAAAAAUGCUUGAUCUCAAUGAGUUGCCUCCUGAUCUCAAUGAGCUUCCUCGUGAUAUGGAUCAGCAACAACCCAUCAUACCGCAAGGGAAUUUGACAGAAAAUGGGCACUCUGUUUACUACACGCAGACAAGUCGUGGGCCUAACCCUAUGGGCCAUGACAAUGUGGCACGGCAGUCAUCAACCCGUGGUGUCCCUGUAGUGGUGUAUUUGCAGUCAGAGAGUCAUACUCUUGAUGACACGGGCACCGCGGCAAAUGUUCCUGGUCCAACCAGGACUGAGCUCGGUGCUGGCGCUGUUGACGGUGCUGUGCAAGGAGAAGAAGGAGAAGAUGAGGCUGGUUCUCAGCCAAUGGAACCUAUGUUGGCAUGAGGUUUGACACCCUUCAAAUUGCUAAGGAUCACUACAACAACUACGCCUUACGGAUGGGUUUCUCUGUCAAAAUGAACACCUCCAGGCGGACAGGCAAUGUAUUGGUAAAACAGCAGUUUUGCUGCAACAAGUAUAAGAAGCCAAAAGCUGAUGAUGGUGGAGCUGAGGCUCCUCCUAUCCUGGACCCUAUACCAGAUCCAAGACCUGUUGACACUGAUGAGGAAAUGGAAGAUGAACCUCCAAUCUUUGCUGAAGAGGAGGCUGGUGCUAGUAAGAAAAAGAAGAAACGAAAACGCGAGACAAUAAAGCAGACUCAAUGCAAAGCGAAAAUGUUGGUGAAGCUAAUGGAUGGGCGAUGGGAGGUGACGUAUUUUGUUCGUGACCACAAUCAUCCGCUGGUGAAUAGACCUUCAUUGUCCAAAUACUUGAGAUCCCACCAAGGCAUCUCUCCUGAUGAAAAGGAGUUUUUGCGCAUCUUGUAUAACUGCAACUUGACUACAGGACAUAUGAUGCAUGUAAUGGCAGAGUUCUAUGGAUCUGAGAUGAUGGUGCCAUUCGGACCAAAGCAAUAAAAAAUCUGUGUACAAGUUUCCGUAGAGAUGACACAAAGGAGGGUGAUCUGAUUGAGACAAUUGCGCACUUUAAGGAUAUACAAAAACCGAUCCAGACUUCUUCUAUAAGGUGAAAUAUGAUGAAGAGGACAGAGUUGUCAACAUAUUUUGGGUGGAUGGCUUAGCUCGAAAAGCUUAUGCGGAGGCGUACCACGAUUGCAUAUCGUUUGACACCACCUACAUGACCAACAUGUACAAUAUGCCGUUCGCGCCCUUCAUAGGAAUAAACCGACAUGGCCAAUCUUUCAUGCUGGGUUGCGCGUUUGUGAGGCAGGAGUUGGCAUCGAGCUUUGAUUGGGUCUUUGGAGCAUUCCUAGAGGCUAUGGAUGGCAAAUCUCCUAACAACUUCAUCACCGAUCAGGAUGGUGCAAUGAGGCAGUCAAUACAGAGCAUCUUUCCAACCACCGUGCACCGCUGUUGUCGAUGGCACAUCAUGAAAAAGGCUUAGGAAAAAGUUGGUUGGCUGCUGUGCUGGAAUCCAGGACUCUCUGAUGAUUUCAACAAGUGUGUUGAAUUCAGCUUCACUAUAGACGAGUUUGAGUAGAAUUGGGCUGGGUUAAUGAUGAAGUACGAGGCUAUGACACACAUGCACUUUGAGAAGUUGUACGAAUACAGGUCAACUUGGGUGCCGUGCUACUUCAAACACAGGUUCUUCCCCUUCCUACAGUCUACAUAGCGUAGUGAGGGGUUCAACGCCGUCCUAAAAAGAUAUGUGAACCCACACAACUCAAUGCUGAACUUCGUCAAGCAAUAUGAAAAAAAAUCCAGAACCACAUCCUUGCCAAGGAAGGCUGCAAUGAUUACAGGACAGAACACCUUGGGAUUGAGCUGUGGUCCAACUUCCCAAUAGAGAAGCAAGCUUACAAAACCUACACUAGGGACCUUUACCGCAAGUUCAGAGAAGAGUUUGAGCUGAUUGGACGUUAUAAUGCAUUCCAAGUUGGUGCUGAUAAAUUUGAGCUCAGACCGAACAAGGAAUUUGUUGCCAAAUAUGGUUCUCGAAACUA